CCAGUGUCAGCCCCAUCACACUAAACCUCAGGGGGUAACCAUUACAUCGUGUCUACAGUGAGGCUGUGUUAGGCAACACAAAAACACAAAGUUUUCUGGAGGGGGAAGAUCUUACGAUACAACACGGAAAUUUCAGCAUGUCAAGCGAAACUGACAUUUCGAAAUAUUUUACUGGUACCCAUGAAGUGCAAAAAUGCCAUGAAGGUCAAUGUGAGUUAGAUCUACACACACACCUGGCAAACUGCGAGAAAAAUCCUGGCCAUGCAGGUUUUGUACCUAUAAAUAAGUUAAGCGUUGAACAGUUUCCUGUUGGUUACCAUGACAACAACCUGUAUGAGCUUACGAAAGCGCUAGCUGAUUUAACGGUUCGAAUCGCCGUUAAAUUCACCAGUUUCGACAGACCGGAGUUUGUACCAGGUACUGAAUAUCCGUAUCCUUUCUACGAUAGCAGGGGACAGAACUCACUGAGGACAGGGACUGGGAAAGUGUUUCAUAUGAAGAAAUAUACAGAGGGAAUGGACGAGAAAUACGGGGCGUACAGAACGUGUCCGUGUCCUGAAUGUGACCACUCGGACACGCCCAGCAAAGUGUGGUGGGAGAUUAUUGUGGUGACAGCUAGACAUGUGGUUUAUGACUCUAGCGAGGCAAGACAGUCUAGCUGUAGGUUGUGGUUUGAUGAGGAUAAUUGUCCUAAGUUCAAUAUUGUGGGGUAUAAGGUGAACGGGACAAGCUUCAAUGAGGACUGGAGUGAUUUGGUUUGUGUAACACAUGACUUAGACCUAGGGGAUAAGCUCUAUGGGAUGUGGAUGAGAUGGGAUGACCUAUGGUUUCCUGUAAGUGAUAAGUACAAGAGUCGCCGAGAUGUGGACAAGCUGACCAUUAUAGUGUCUCACCCGCACGGCUGCUCUAAGCAGGUCUCUAUAGGUCACUGGGUACACAAGCAGGAGGUGGGGAGGUACGGCACCAGGUACACGUACACAACUUGUACCUGUCCAGGUAGCAGUGGGGCAGGGGUCUACAGACUGGGAUGGUUGUCGUGCCAUCCUCACAGUGGUACUUCCUCUGGUGGGUUAAAUUAUAGUGGCACCGAUCAAGGUUGAGAGGGAUUUUUUCUGCUUGUCUAGAAUAUAAUAAAAUUGUACGGCAUCUUUCAUGUUAAAAAAUCCCCUCGUAUACUUGAGAAAUAAAUAUUAAAAUACAAUUUUCUUUUGUUCCAGUUCUAAAAGCUUGUGUAUGACAUUAUUGUGUAACUAUGUAAGUGAUGGAAACGUAUGUUUGUUUUGCUGUUCAAGGGAAAGUUAAGUUAGCCGGACUUAAAGCUGAC